GUCUAAAACUUUGCGAUCAUAUGGUAAACUGAAGAGUGUACGAGAUAACUUAGAAAAGCUCAAAAGUUAAGUACUGCACGCGAUUGUGCACUAAUCCGGAGGAAGCCACCAAAAUUCUUCAGUCUUUUCCAGAAGGGGACAUGUUUACAGAUUUGCCGUAUACCAGAGUUAGGAAGGCCCUGCGUGCAGAUGGGCUGAUAUUAGCAAUGAGAAGAUGAACUCUGCCAAUGCUGAGGCCACUUCAUGCAAGCGUAGGAAACCAUCGGAUGUCAAGCUUCAGUCUAAUGUAGAGAAGUGCCUUAAGGAGAAAAACAGGCGGGAUCAGGAGAACGGCUACAUAGAAGAGCUGGCAGAGCUGAUCUCUUCCAGCAUCGGUGAUAUGAACACAUUCUCUUUAAAGCCUGACAAGUGCGCCGUACUGCAAGAGACUGUCAAGCAGAUACGUAGAAUUAGAGAUCAAGUGGGCAGUGGAAGUAGUGAUGCUGUACAGGAGAGUGACGUGUCCUCCAGUAAACGUACAAUCCUGGCGAACGAUGUAUUAGGGCCUCUUCUCUUGGAGGAUGACUUACUUGGGAACAGUGUAUACAGCAUCGUUCAUCAUGAUGACCACAACCUCUUUAACAGCAGUUUGAUUCAACUGUCAAUAACAGACAAGGAAGUGAACUGGCUCUCCUCGGAGAACAGCAACAGCAAGAGUCGGUCCUUUAACUGUCGAUUGCUACUCAAAUUAGAUGGAAGGGGCAGGGAUGAGAACACAGGAAUGGAACUUCAGCACCGACAAGUCUCACCACAGUACGAAAGCAUGCAGAUUUCUGCCGUGCCCCUCCCUUACUCAGGCGACAAGUCAGACGAGGAGUCACUAGGCUCAGAGGAAUCUGCGAGUCUGGUGUGCGUCGCGCGCAAGAUCCCUCCCAACGAGCAGAAGAUCGAGCUGACGGGCCCUCUCGGCGUCGAGCAGUUCACGACGCAGCAGGACACGAGCGGCAAGAUACUCGCGCUCGACGCCACGAAAGUCACGUCCAACCAGUAUUUGAUCAAAGACCUAGUCGGCCGCCAGAUACAGGACUUCUACCACAUCAGCGACGUGCCGAGACUCCUGCAGCAUCGGCAGGAAGUGAGACGGACAGGCAAGAGCAUCAGCGGUCUGUAUCGAUUCGCAUCGCCGAGGACAAGUACGUGUUUUGUGCAGACGACGAGCAAGCUGUUCUCCAGCCAGGUGAACGUCGAGCCAGAGUUCAUCAUCUCUACCCACUCGAUCAUCAGGGACAAUGACGUCGCGCUGAGCCUCCAGAAGAGGCGCGCUGCCUUCCAAGCUGCCGAGAACAGCGGCGACGUGGUGAACAGCGCGACCACGGCAUGGCGCGCAGCAGCCCCGCCAGGUGGCAUCCGGCGACUUUCUCUCGCACAGCUCGAGCUGGGGCGCGUUCGCGGCAAGCGGCAGCGACGACAGAUGAACGACGACGCGGCGCGGCGCGCCGCCAGCGCGCACUCGACGACGCCGAUUGGAGACAGGGGGCGCCAGCGCCCGGUUGGCGAGUUCGGCCCUGACGACUUGACUUUUGAUCUCAACUUCCUCACAGUCCCCGCGAACUAUGCGGACGGCGGCGGGCCCAGCGGCGCCCCUGCGGCGCUGCGGCGACGGGGCGCGCGACGGCGGGCCGCGACCUCGGCGGCCGCGGUCGGAGUCCGCGCGACGCAAUGA